ACGCGCAGAUUGGUAAAAAGUCUGACCACUAACUGCGACUGCGCAGUGCAUAACAACAUGAGUGCGAACACGCAAGCAAUCAUUAUAUUUCUAUGAUUUUUAGAAGCAGGUAGAUAAACCACUUAUUUUACAAACAACAACUUGAAUAGUAAAAAUGUAAAUGGCGAUGCAGUGGUAUGCGUUUGGUUUCAAUGGAUUUAAUCAAAUAAUGUACAAAGAGGAGUGUGCUGGAGAAAGGAGCGACAACGUUAAAGUUAUAGCCCCUACAAAAAUCCGAUGCUGCAAGUCCCAAGGGAAACCUGUCACAAACAACGCACAGAGCUAUGUUGGGACAAAUACAAGACGAAUCAGAGCGAGUUGGAGUCGACGAGCGACACUACAUGAUGCUGAGGGGGAAGAUGGACGUGUAUGCUUGUCAGGUUUUGGGGAAGGGCCCCUUCACCAGGCUUGCUGUGGCAGUUGCCUGCAGGACAGCCGCGGGUGCAGAGAUGCAGACAUCAGUGAAGGUUUUUUGACCUUGGCUUUCUCAGACAGAGUGAAGUGCUGGGAUUUGAACCACAAUGACACAAAACCAGUUUGGAGCAUGGAGAUAAAGACUUCAGAUGAAGCAGGACAACAACUUGCCUUUCCGUUAGUUCCAGGAGGAUACAUAUCCUCUAAACCUCCAUUCUACCAUUCCCUCUCACCACAACUGCGGGCCCGGAGCCUUGUUGUGGGGACAGAGCAUGUCAUACUAUUAACUGCCUCAGGAGCUGUCUACACCUGGGGCUAUGGCAGCCACGGUCAGCUGGGUCAUGGAGAGUUGAGUGCUGAGGAGGAACCCAGAGCAGUGGAGGCAUUAUGGGGGCUGCCUAUGAGCAGCGUAGCUGCUGGGGGUUGGCACUCUGCCUGCAUCAGUGUUGGGGGUGAUCUGUAUGUGUGGGGCUGGAAUGAGAGCGGCCAGUUGGGUCUGCCAGCACAGGCACUGAGAGGAAAGAAGCAGAGGACCAGCCAAUACACAGGUGCUAGCACGUCCACAUGUGUGGAGACUGAAGAAGGAGAGAAGAGUGUGGAGGUGUUCAUAUCUAUCCAGGCUUUCCCUGGCCUGCUUGACAUCACAGAGUCAUGUGACAUCAGCAUGGUUAGCUGUGGGUCACGCCACACAGCAGCUGUUACAAGCACAGGUGAUCUCUACACUUGGGGCUGGGGUGAAUAUGGCCAGCUUGGAGAUGGGACUUUAAGGAGUUCAGACGAGCCAGGAAGGCUGGACUUCUUCAAAGACAAGGGUUUACAUGUGGUGGACAUAGUGUGUGGACCAUGGAAUACUUUUGUGGGUGUUAAAGAGGAAAGGACUCCCUCCUUAACAUCAAUAUAA